AUGCGCUUCAUCCCCCUUCUCGCCCUCCUCCCAGCGCUCGCUGUGGCCGAAGAGCAGGUCCCUCUCGCGGACCGUGUCCAGGGCUGGUUCGACAAAGCCAAGUCUUAUCUUCCCACCGCCACCCCAGUCAUUCCCGUCGCUGAGAAGGUCGCCGACAUCCCUAAGAAGAUCAUCCAAGAAAAGGCUGUUACCCCUUUCAACGCAACCAACUGGCAAUCGCUCCUCGAACCGACAUCGACCUCUCAAGACUGGCUAGUAUUUGUUACCGGUGGAAACAAGACUUGCUUUGGCCGCUGUGGCAAGGCUGAAAAGUCGUUCAACGAAUCCGUUCCCCUCUUUGCUGUUGACCCGACUUCUCCCAGUCUUGGUUACCUCGACUGCGAAUCAAACCAGCUUCUCUGUUCCGCCUGGUCCGCUGGUGCUCCAUCCGUCUGGUACUUCAAGGUUCCACAAGCUCAAGCCGUCGAGGAGCGCCCAUCUACUCCUCUGCACAUCGUCUACGUGAACUCGACCACGGUCACCCCGGAGACAAUCUACAAGAUUCAUUCCGAAAAGAACUACGAGAACAGACCCGCCUAUGAGGGCGCAUUCCACCCGACAGAUGGCUGGCUCGCUGAAUAUGGCCUUCUUGUGCCUCUGGGCUACGUCAUUUACGGCUUUGGAAUAAUCCCUAGCUGGCUUUUCAUGAUUGUUAUCAGCAUGGGCAGCCGGACAAUAAUGGGCCGUCGCCUUGGGAAUACCGGAGCAGCUCCUGCCGGUCGUACUGGUUAG